GAUGCCUUCUCUGCCCUCAUAGGUUCUGGUAUCGUAACAAGCUUCCGAAGCAGGAGAUGGAUGCUUGCUUGGCUGCUUGCUGCUUUAGUUUGGCCCGUGCGUCGACAUCAUCACAUAAAAACACGCUGCCCUCGCCGGCCUACGCUCCUCCCUUCAUCGUCCCUUCCCUCGCUCCACCUCGCUCACCUUGCUCCCUCCUCAUUAGUCGUUCGGAAUUCCCCCAUUGAGGCAUUUUCUCUCCACCUGGCGGUUAUACCACUGCUGCACUGCCCGAUUGUCUCCAUUUUCUUCCCCUGUUCGUCGACCGAAGAUGACUUUCGCCGUACCCCUUCUGGUGGACCCAAUUCGAGUCUCUCCCCUCCGAUGUCCAGUGACUCUCCUAACCCAGGUUGGAUCCUAGCCGCUCAAGUUCGCUCGCUUUCCCCGUAGCUGAGCAGUGUCAUGAAGUCCACCACUGAUAACCUUUUCCCGCCGGACUACAACUAUCCCAUCUGGUUUCCUUUCUCAUUUUUCCGCUUUUGGAAGUUGACAAUCGGUACCGCACCCCCAAGUUCUGGAGA